GUUUCUUGAGUAGAGAACCUAAGUAGGCUGAAAUUUGCUUAAAUAAAAGAGCGCUUUCAUGCACUCGCUCACAUUUGUAAUUCGGCAACAAAUUAGCUCGAAAUGAGUGAGAAACACUUGUACUCUUAUGAUGAGUUUAAAAUCACAGCUGAGAAAUUCAAGAAUGUCGAGUUCGAAGAGGCACUGGAACACACCGGUUUUGGGAAAUACAAUUUGGCCCUAAUCCUGAUCUGCGGUUUGACUCUUUAUGGGGUCAACAGUGAGGCUUAUGCCGUGGGCUAUGUGCUGCCAUCGGCCGAAUGCGACUUGGAAUUGGACACUUACAUGAAAGGGAUUUUAACUUCUACCAAUUUUAUUGGGAUUACCGGCACUUGCUGCAUCUGGGGUUACCUAUCAGACACAAAAGGGAGAAAAUCGGUGCUCACAAUUAGCUUAAUUUUGGCUUUUGUCUGCAGUGUCGCUGCGGCCUUCGUGCCUUCCUUCUGGGGCUUUGCCAUCCUGCGAUUUUGCAAUGGGAUCUUUAUUGCCGGCCCUUCUGCCAUUGUCUACGCCUAUUUCGGCGAGUUCCAGAACCGCAUCUACCGCUCCACCGCCAUGGCCUGGAUGAGCCUCUUCAUAGCCCUAGCCCUGAUCACCCUCCCCGGCCUGGGCUGGUCCCUCCUCCCCCAGCACCUCCACCUCUCCAUCUUCGGCCUCACCCUCAACUCCUGGCGCCUGUUCAUGCUCCUCAUCAGCAUCCCCAACCUUCUGGCCGCCAUCGCCUUCAUCAAACUCCCCGAAAGUCCCAAAUUCCUCUACCACAACGGCCAACUCGAGGAAGCCAUCCAGGUCCUCCGCCAGAUCUAUACAAUCAACACGGGGAAGCCUGGGGACACGUUCCCGGUGGAGAGCCUCGACGAUAAAGUCCUGCUCCAGGUGGACCCCAACAAGAACAAAAACAUUCUGAUGGAUUUUUGGGGGCAAAUCGCCCCGCUUUUCGUGCCCCCACAUUUAAAAUACUCGCUGGCUUCGGGGGUGAUGCAAGGGGGCGUGUUCGCCGUCUCCAGCGGGGUGCUCCUGUGGUACCCCGACAUCAUCAACCAGCUCUCGCAUUCGGCCAAUAGCAACGUCAGUGUGACGGUUUGCCAGGCGUUGUCCUCAGUUGAGGAAAGUGCAGAGGAAGCAAUUAGGUGUGUGGAGGACAACAUCAAUGACCAAGUCUUCAUCCAGAAUAUUAUCAUCGGGGUUGCGUAUUUGGUCUUUUAUGUUGUGUGGGGCUUUGUGGUCAAUUUUCUCGGGAACAGAAACUUUUUCGGACUUUGUAUGAUUGUGUCGGCCGUUUCGCUGGUUUUGCUCAAUUUUUUGACGCAUAAGGUCCUGAUUGAUGUGCUUUUUGUCGUGCUUUUGACACUGCCAGGCAUUUGCGUGGCUGUUAUUAAUUUACUGAUGGUGGAUAUUAUCCCGACUCAUCUCUGCGGCAUGGCAGUUUGUUUGGUCAUGACAGCUGGGAGGAUUGGAAGUAUUGUGUCCAGUUCGGUGGUUGGUGUCAUGUUACAGUGGAAUUGUACGGUCACUUUUAAUCUAUACGCUGUCAAUCUCAUAGUUUGUUUGCUACUUAUUUUCGUGUUCCCGAAGCACUCGACGUAGCAAAACGCGGGCAAGAUUAUUUAUUGUGAUAAACUUUAGAUUAAUGAAAAUAUAUUUAUAUUUUUUAAAAUAAACAA